CCAAGGCUAAAUCGAAAUGUGGCCCGACAUUCUUCCCCUGUGCCAGCGGCAUCCACUGCAUCAUUGGUCGCUUCCGGUGUAAUGGGUUUGAGGACUGUCCCGACGGCAGUGAUGAAGAGAACUGCACAGCAAAUCCCCUGCUCUGCUCCACUGCCCGCUACCACUGUAAGAACGGCCUGUGCAUUGACAAGAGCUUCAUCUGCGAUGGGCAAAAUAACUGUCAAGACAACAGUGACGAGGAAAGCUGUGAAAGUUCUCAAGAACCAGGCAGCGGGCAAGUGUUCGUGACUUCGGAGAACCAGCUGGUGUACUACCCCAGCAUCACUUACGCCAUCAUCGGCAGCUCCGUCAUCUUUGUGCUGGUGGUGGCCCUGCUGGCGCUGGUCUUGCACCACCAGCGAAAGCGCAACAACCUCAUGACGCUGCCAGUGCACCGACUGCAGCACCCUGUGCUGCUCUCCCGCCUGGUGGUCCUGGACCACCCCCACCACUGCAACGUCACCUACAAUGUCAACAACGGCAUCCAGUACGUGGCCAGCCAGGCCGAGCAGAACGCCUCGGAUGUAGGCUCCCCACCCUCCUACUCAGAGGCCCUGCUGGACCAAAGACCCGCGUGGUACGACCUUCCUCCACCGCCCUACUCUUCCGACACGGAGUCUCUGAACCAAGCCGACCUGCCCCCUUACCGCUCACGGUCGGGGAGUGCCGACAGCGCCAGCUCCCAGGCAGCCAGCAGCCUCCUGAGUGUGGAAGACGCUGGCCACAGCCCAAGGCAGACCAGGGACUCUGUGCCCAGCCAGGGCACUGAAGAAGUAUAAAAUCCGGUUAUUCCAAAGUCCAUAUGGGUUAAUCUGCUCUGACUUGCUACCAUUCUAACAACGUGUGCUCAUGGGGAGCUCCCGAAGCCCCUUUAACGGUAUCUCAAGUUGCAGUUUCGGGUGUCAGCUGUCUCUCCAUUUCUCUCCUCCCCCAGAUUUCAGGGAUGUUCUUGGGAGGGCAACCUGGCAUAUUUCUGGCCUGUCAGUUGACAUGAACUGUUGUGCAUCUUUCCUGCGAGGUCACUCUUCCUCUGGGGCCCGGGCUCACAACCUCACGCUCCACAUCAUUCCUGUGUUAGUGUUGGAAUCCCUUUGAGUAGGAGUCAUAAAUUUUCAGGCAGCAGAAUAAAACAGUGUUUGAGUAGUCUGUGAGGAAGCAGUGUUUCUGUGCCUUGUUGGCUCUUCAGAAGGGCAGAAGACCCUGGACUAAGUUCUCUCUGCUGGCUGCUAUCUUAUAGCUCCAUCUGGGGUUUAGGUUGGAUGAUCCUACCAGGAGGCCAUCCCUGGGUGGCCACCCUGAAAAGAAUCCAGAUGGUCAUCAAAACCUGCCUUGCACUAUUCUAUUCAUUGCUCAGUUCAGAGGGGCAGUAGCCGAAGAAGGCUUUGAACAUGAGCAACACGCUUCAGCAGUCAGCAGUGUCAUUGUGGUUUUGUGAAGGACUCUGAAACCAUCUACCCUGGAUAGAUUCUGGCUUUAAUAUUUUGCCCCAGAAUCCUCAUUUUGAGAGCUUUCUCAGCAGUGUAUAUCAUCAGUCUCAUCCCAGAAUAGGCUGGGAGCCCCUGCCGUAAGUUUACCAAGUUCUCAGUUCCUAAAAUGCGGGCUGCCAAGAGCCUAGGUCAGCCUCGGCUCCACUGCCUCGUCCCUGGUUUCUGGUCGUCACCCUCCUACCUGACCUACCUGUAGCCAAGGAAUGAGGACCCAAUUUGAGUUGGCCAAAAAUCUGAUCUGGCCAUUUGUCCCUGUAAACCACACUCAGCCUGUCUUGCUUAUGCAUGCAGCGUCAACACUAGUCUCCUAAGUUCUCUGAGCACAUGGAAGUCUAUUUUACCUGUGCGUUUGGACUUGAGGACACUGGUUUCUAACACACGUGAGAGCCAUAUUCAAUACCUCCUGUGAGAGCUCCUGGCUGCCUGCAGUGCACAUGCUCCUGUCUCCAAGGUCCCAGUACCGGUUCCCCUAGAUAGAGUUAGGGUUAGUUUCAGACCUCUCCUAACGUCCUAGUAGUUUGUCCUCUGAAAUACAGGGGCAGUAGACAAUUUGGAGUCAAGAUUUUCCAUUUGGAUUUUUUUUUUAAUCUUUUAGAAAUGCAUUUGAAACAGUGUGUUUGUUUUUUCCCUUCUAGUUAAGGGACUAUUUAUAUGUGUAUAGGAAAGCUGUCUCUUUUUUUUUUUUUUCCUUUUGUGAGGUCCAAAGAAAGAUGCAAAAGGAGAUCACGCCUUUGCCCCGCUGAUCCCUGUGAUAACAAGUCACUCCAGACUAACCUGUGUGCCAGGCAUCUGUGCGUUGUUGCACUUUGAAAUUAUUUAUCGAGUUCUUGAAGGAUGCAGAAAGAGGGACUCAGCUCUCCCUCUGUUCCUAGUUUCUGUUUGUGUUAGUUUUCUUCUUUCUCUGUGCCCAGCCAGCCACAGGGCCCACGCCCCGAGGGAAUAAUGGGUAAAAACUUAGGCGUCAUUUGGCAAAAAACCACACUGACUGAGGGACAAAACUGGAACCAGGUGGAGCCACUCGGGCAGCUGUCACCCAUUCAAGGCUUCCUUCCACAGCCGAAGCACUUUUCAGUAACCUGUUUGAUGCUAAUUAAAACGAAGCCUGCAGGAAGUGGGGAUGAAGUGGCAUUCAAUGAUCCUGUUCUGUAGACUUUUAUUUCUUUUUUUAACCAAAUUCAAAGUGUGUUACAGGAAAGUCAGCCAUUUGGUGUUUUGUUGUUUUUUAGGGGUUUUUUUUUGGUUUUUUUUUUUUAGCAAAGGAAAGGAAUCCAAGUCACUUGUAUCUUUCAUUUUAAAAAUAGCAUAUGAGUUAUUUUCUGAGUAAUCCAAGAAAGAAGGAACUUUUGAUGGUAGCCAGAGUGUGUUAGGAACUCUGGCUGAACAUUUCAUCUCCUAUUAGUCAGAAGGGCUUUAUUUCUCCCUUUGAUGGGCCCCUGCUUCGUUCUGGUGCUUUGGAAGUUGUUUAGAGGAAAGGAUUCUAAUUUUAAUUAAUUGUGCAGUGAGUUAAUCUCAAUGCACUUUUCUGCUUCCAGGCAUCUUAGGAAAAACAAAUGGUUUUAGUAGAUAAGGGGAGCCUAUUAAUGUUUUUUAAAACAAACACAGGGACAUUUUUAUUAUAGAUUUGAUUUUUUUAAUGAAUGUUUUUUAAAAUAUCUAAAUAGGACACCAGAGCUGAGGGGUUUUUCCCCCCUACUCAAGAUGGCAAAUCCGUGGCCAGAAAUAUUUUUUAACUCAUUCCAACCAGGAUGUUUUUAAUACAUUGCCUAAAUCUACUCUAACCAGAAAAACGAUCUCUGCUCUCUUUUCUCAAAUGAGAUCAGUGUUUUAUUUUAGCAUUAAAAUAGUUUCACUGUGAUUGUUAGCUUAUUGCCUGACUCUCCCUCUACCUUGAAAUUGACAUUUUAAAAAAAUGCAACUAAGUGGUUAAUAAAUAGUGUGUGAUGUUCCAAGUUCAUGUAAACUGGAAAGGCUGUGUGCGGUUGUUUUUUGUUUUGGGGUUAGGCUUGUUUUUUUUGUUUUUUAAUUUUUAUACAUUCAAAUAAACUUGCAGUUUCAUUCUUUCUA